UGAGGGCGGAAUACAUCGGGCAGGUUCCGGAUUCCUGACAGUGGCCUGGGAUUCAUUACAGACAGACAGGAACAGCACAAUUAAACUGUGUGUAUAACUUUUACAGCACACAAAGGUCCUGGCUCUUGGCUGUUGUCAGAAUGUCUCACUCCGGAGAGAAAGGGAAGGUGGGUGAGUUUCCAGAAGCUGCUGGGUAUGUGGGCUUUGCUAACUUGCCCAACCAGGUUCACAGAAAAUCAGUCAAGAAAGGGUUCGAAUUCACCUUGAUGGUAGUUGGCGAGUCGGGUCUAGGGAAAUCCACCCUCAUUAACAGCCUGUUCCUGACAGACCUGUACCCGGAGCGCUUCAUUCCCGGAGCUGCAGAGAAGAUCGAGCGGACGGUUCAGAUUGAGGCAUCGACGGUGGAGAUUGAGGAGAGGGGCGUGAAGCUGAGGCUCACUGUGGUCGACACGCCGGGCUACGGGGAUGCGAUCAACAGCCAAGACUGCUUCAAAACCAUUAUCCAGUACAUUGAUAACCAGUUUGAACGCUACCUCCACGAUGAGAGCGGCCUGAACCGAAGACACAUCGUGGACAACCGAGUCCACUGCUGCUUCUACUUCAUCUCCCCCUUCGGACACGGCCUCAAGCCCCUGGAUGUUGAAUUCAUGAAGGCGAUCCACAGUAAGGUGAACAUCGUCCCUGUCAUUGCCAAGGCAGAUACCCUGACUCUGAAAGAAAGGGACCGGCUCAAGAGAAGGAUCCUGGAUGAGAUUGCUCAGCAGGGGAUCCGGAUCUACCAGCUCCCAGACGCAGACUCGGAUGAGGAUGAGGAGUUCAAGGAGCAGACCCGAGUCCUGAAGGCCAGCGUCCCCUUUGCUGUGAUUGGAUCGAACCAGCUGAUUGAGGUGAAAGGGAAGAAGAUCAGAGGUCGCCUGUACCCCUGGGGUGUGGUGGAGGUGGAGAACCCCGAGCACAACGACUUCCUCAAACUGCGUACCAUGCUUGUCACUCACAUGCAGGACCUGCAGGAGGUGACCCAGGAUCUGCACUAUGAGAACUUCCGCUCGGAGCGUUUGAAGAGGCCUGGCCGAUCCACAGGGGCAGUGGAGGAGGAAGGGGUCGACAAGGACAGGAUCCUGAUGCAGAAGGAGGCCGAGCUGCGCAGGAUGCAGGAGAUGAUUUACCAGAUGCAGGCUCAGAUGAGAAUGAAGCCCGCGGACGAGUGAGGAGCCGCCUGUCGCCGCGCCCUCCUGCAUGAUCAAACAGGAGGGGCGCCACCUCCAUCAAGCGAUCAGGACGCACUAUAUUGAGAUGAGGAGGAGACGAAGAGGAGCAGUGAACAAGACAGUGUCCAGAAUUCCAGUCCUGCACCGUGUCCCACACUCGUCCUGCUGUUAGAUAUCAGUGCUAUGCUGGGGGUUUCUAGGAUAGUUUUAUAUAAUCUCCUAUCAUGUUCAUGUAUUAAGUGCCUAGUUCUAUGUUUUUAAACAAUACAGACCAAUCUGUUGUGUGCAAUUGUGUAUCAGUUUGCCAGCCUUGACUAUAUACAGUGUUUAGCUUUUUGGGAGAAAGCAUAUAUGUGCUCUUCUUUCUGUAUCUUUUCUUCACUGCUACUAUUAGUACAACUGCUUCCUAUUCAU